AGAAUCAGUUUUUGGUAGACUGUUGUGCGGGUUAGUUGUCGGACUAAAUACAUCAGACAAAAUAAUAAUACUCUAAUAGUGUUGAUGAAACGAUCUUCUUGUUCAUACGAUUGUAAUUUAUUACGUGCUACAACAUUGUUCAUUAAGGACUAUGCUUCCAUCACUACCGUCACAUUUUUCCUCAUACGCUUCAACAUUAGAGCAAUUCGCUGGAUUAACACAAACUGAAUUUUUAAAUGGACGUUACUUUCAUACCGCGAAUCCAUACGUUGGACUCGGUGGAUCAUUUUGGUCGUUGCCAUUUUCAUUAGUUAAUACUACACAUCGUCCGGAAAAACCACCAUUUUCAUAUAUUGCAUUGAUUGCAAUGGCUAUCAGCAAUUCGCCCAACCAACGACUGACACUCAGUGGAAUAUACAAAUUUAUUAUGGAAAAGUUUCCGUACUACCGCGACAAUAAACAAGGCUGGCAGAAUUCUAUCCGACACAAUUUAUCGCUAAACGAUUGCUUCUUCAAAGUACCUCGAGACAAAUCGAAUUCAUCGGAUGAAACGGACAGUAUUGGUAAAGGCAGUUAUUGGAUGUUGGAUGCGUCGGCAUGUGAUAUGUUCGAACAAGGAAAUUAUCGGAGACGGCGAACAAGAAGACAAAGACAUACCAAGCUUCUUCUAUCGGGGCCAAUACAAUCACCCUUUCCUUACCACGAUAUUCUACCCACGACGAAUGACCAACCAAAUCAAUCCGAAUUAAAUACACCAAUACGGAAAGAUGAGGAUCAAGACGAUUCGACCGACGAAAUACUGCCCGGUGUCGAACAUCUUCGACAGAAUUAUUUCGCCAGAUUGGACGCUUCCUUGGAUCUGUUGGUGCGGAAUACAAUAUGUUCCAGUUUGGUGAAUGCAAGAGCUGCAAACGAAGUGGUCCAGAAAAACAUCCAAGAAUUGAAGAAGUGUUCCAGGAAGGAGAUGGAGAAGAGUAGCACCAGUAAGUCGUCUCUAUUUACAAUAGAAAAUCUGAUCAAAAAAGAGUAAUUUUUAUCGAUUUUGUGUAUUGAUACGAGUUUGGUUAUAAGUGGAAUAAAAAGC